GAUCAAGUUGUUGCAGUUGGAAUGACUGACGGUUUGAUCUCCUUUCGACACCAAAAGAAAGAUGCAGUUCCCAAACCAGAAAAGAAGAAAAAUGUCUUUUAUCAGUAUCGAUUCUAUGGAACAGAUUUUAAACCUGCAGAUGGUGAUAUCAUAGUACCUGAAAGCAAAAAGGCAAUUUUGAAGAAAUAUGAAAACCAUUUACGGAAAUUUGAAUCCAGCCUUGCCUUAGACACAGUUUUAAAAAAAGAAAUUCAAAAAAAUAACCCAGAAAUAAUCAUAAGUGUCAUGAUGGAAUUGAUAAGAAGAGGUUCUAUCAGGGCAGCCAUGGGAGGCAGAGAAGGAGAGUCACUUUUAAAGUUGCUUAAAUUUGUUACAAAAUACAUUGGUGAUCCAAGAUUUAUGAGAAUAUUAAUAGACAUUGGGAUAAUAUUGAUCGAGCUAUAUGGGCCAAAAUUUAGUGAUCCAGAAACAAAAUUAAGGUUUCAAUUUCUUUUUGAUGCUGUAGAGAAUGAAAUAAAAUACAUGAAAAGAAUGAUGGAAAUACAAGGCGUUCUACAUACUGUGUUAGCUUCUACGUUUUCCGCGGAUCUCUUGUCAAAUAACAAAAAUGUAAUAUCUUGACAUACACUGUAAAUAUAAAU